AUGGCAAUGGCGGCGUUUUCUUCUUCAUCUUCUUCUCCGCUCGCAGUUUCAUCAACCGUAGUUCCCCAUUCCCUAUCCGUCACAGAUCCUCCGUCCCAAUUCCUCCCAAACCACCCGCCUCUCGCUCUUCUCUCCACCUGCAAAGACAUCCGAACUCUCAAGCAAAUCCACUCGCUCGUCAUCAAAACCGGCCUCCUCCACCACAACAACACCCAGUUCGCUCUCACCAAGCUAAUUGAGUUCUGCGCAGUUUCUCCCUUCGGCGACCUUCCCUAUGCUCUGUCGCUCUUUGACACAGUCGAAAACCCUGAUCAGAGAAUCUGGAACCACGUAAUCAGGGGAUUCGCGCUGAGUGAAUCCCCUGCUCUGGCCGUGGAAUUUUACAUCCGUAUGAUGGUGGCUGGUUUGGAGCCGAAUAACCAUACGUUCCCCUUCGUUUUGAAGUCGUGCGCGAAGCUGGGGAAUGCACAUGAAGGGAAGCAAAUCCAUGGACAUGUUCUGAAGCUCGGCGUUGAGAACGAUCCGUUUGUGCAUACUUCCCUGAUCAAUAUGUACGCUCAGAAUGGUGAAUUGGGUCAUGCAAGAUCAGUGUUCGACAAAAGUCCUAAGAGAGAUCCGAUUUCGUAUACUGCUUUGAUCAAUGGGUAUGGUUCGAGUGGGCUUAUGGAUGAGGCCCGGAAACUGUUCGAUGAAAUGCCUGUUAGAGAUGUAGUGUCGUGGAAUGCUAUGAUUUCAGGCUAUAUCCAGAAUAACCUAUAUGAAGAGGCACUAGAUUUCUUCGAGGGCAUGGUUAGGAUGAGAAUUACCCCGAACGUGAGCACUAUGCUGUCUGUCCUUUCGGCGUGUGCGAAUUCAGGAUCUCUUGAGCUAGGCAAUUGGGUGCAUUCAUGGAUUGAGGAUCAUGGGCUAGGAUCAAAUCUCAGGCUUGCCAAUGGUCUUGUUGACAUGUAUGCUAAGUGCGGAGAUCUAGAAAGAGCUAAGAACAUGUUUGAUAACAUGGAAACCAAGAGUGUUGUCUCAUGGAACGCUAUGAUUGGUGGGUAUAACCACAUGGGCUGUUACAAGGAAGCACUGGAGAUUUUCAGAAGGAUGCUCAAAUCAAAUGUUGACCCUAAUGAGGUAACCUUGGUAAGCAUUCUUCCCGCUGUUUCAAACUCAGGUGCUCUAACUCUCGGUAAAUGGAUCCAUGCUCAUAUAGACAAGAACAUGAACAAAUUUCAGUUGACUAGAAAUAGUGCUCUAUCGACAAGCCUUAUUGACAUGUAUGCCAAAUGCGGCGAUAUCAUGGCAGCCAAACGAAUCUUUGAUUCCAUGGAAAUUAAAAGUUUGGCUUCUUGGAAUGCAAUGAUAUCUGGGUUAGCCAUGCACGGGUUUGUUGACAUGGCACUCGAACUCUUCUCCAGAAUGACAAACGAAGGGUUUGUACCAGACGACAUCACCUUUGUUGGUAUAUUAUCUGCUUGUAACCAUGGUGGUUUCGUAGAACUUGGAAGGAAGUACUUUACUUCAAUGGUAGAAGAUUAUAACUUUACGCCUAAACUUCAACACUAUGGUUGCAUGAUAGAUCUUCUAGGCAAAGCUGGGCUAUUCGAUGAAGCAGAGAUACUGAUAGAUGAUAUGGUAGUGAACCCUGAUGGAGCCAUAUGGGGUUCUCUGCUUGGCGCUUGUAGGCUUCAUGGACGAGUGGAUUUGGCCGAAAUGGCUGCCAAGCGUGUUUUCGAGUUGGAGCCUGAAAACACUGGUGCGUACGUACUCCUGUCAAAUAUCUAUGCUAAAGCUGGGAAAUGGGAUGAUGUGGCGAGAAUAAGAACUAGGAUAAACGAUAGAGGACUGGAGAAAGUUCCCGGUUGUAGUUCUAUUGAGGUGGAUAGUGUUGUUCAUGAGUUUCUAGUUGGUGACAAGACUCAUUCUCAGAGCGAUGAAAUCUAUGAGAUGGUGGAUGAGAUAGAUGAUUUGUUGGAGAAAUCUGGGUUUGUGCCGGAUACUUCCGAGGUGUUGUAUGAUAUGGAAGAGGAAUGGAAACAAGAGGCUCUGAGCCAUCAUAGCGAGAAGCUGGCCAUUGCUUUUGGGUUGAUCAGUACAAAGCCAGGGACUACCAUACGGAUAGUGAAGAAUCUGCGUGUUUGUGGUAACUGCCACUCUGCAACUAAGCUGAUUUCGAAGAUAUUUAACAGAGAAAUCAUUGCUAGAGAUAGAAAUCGGUUCCACCAUUUCAAAGAUGGGCUGUGUUCGUGUAACGACUACUGGUAAACCAUGAACAGCAUGUGGAACCAAAAAAAGCAAUUUGCUAUGCAUGCUCAAAAAAGGGGAUACUGAUGAUCACUAAAGAAAGGAGGGAAAAGUAAAACUACAUACCAUGAGAGCAACGCUUGGCCAUGGCCAACCUUUGGUCAAGUGAAGCCAUGCUGGUUUCCAGGGGAGAUUGAGCCACAUUCUUUGCCAUUGUUUGUAUUUAGAUUUGAAAACAGAAGAGAAGAGGGUAAAAUAACUUGAAUGCUGAAUGAACUUGCUUGCUUUGCUGCUGGGUUUUGAGAUGAGUUUGAUGAAAUGACUGAGCCAUGGUUGUGGGGUUUAUAUAGGAAAUGGUUUUCUCAGGAGGGGAGUUUGAUGGUUUUGCAGUUGAAUACCAACAAUAAGAGUUGCUUGUUUUGGUUGUGGUUACAAAGGUUACUAGUUCUGGUCGGUUGAUUCCUCUGUCUUCUGCUGCUCCCCUUCCCAAAAAGUACUCUGUUCUUUUCU